AAGCACGUGAUUACCUGGAGAGCCUGUUAGAUCCUUCGUGUGUUUCUGUUUUUUCUAAUAAUCCAUGACGAGCCUCUCCUGACCAAACCCCGUCAUCAUCAACACACACAAACAACACUGGACGAGCGACAAUGGCGAGCAGACGGGCCUCGGUGUCCUCCUGCUCGGCGGGUCUGGAGGCCUGGUUCCCGGCGCCCGGUGGCGCGGAGGAGGAACCGGAGCUGCGGCGGCUGCGAGAGCGUCUGCGCGGGUGUCUGUCGCAGUGCGAGCCCGCGGUGGUGCUCCUUCAGCGGCUGCUGGUCUGGGAGAGGCCGCUGCACAGCAUCAUCGCCGCGCUCGCCCUAAACACGCUCUUCUGGCUGCUGUCUUCCACAUCCCUGAGGCCUCUGUUUCUCCUGAGUGUUUUUCUCAUUGGUUUGACUCUGCUGGAGAGAUGGAAAGACAAGCUGCCGCAGAUCACCGCGUGGCGUCCAGAGGUGUCUGUCAUUGAGCGAGAGGCGCUGAGCGAUCAGCCUCGUCUGCUGAGUGUGGAGGAGCUCAGCCAUCAUCUUGCAGAGAGUUACCUCACCUUCAGCCUUUACAUCCAGGAGAUGCUGCAGUACAAGCGGCAAAACCACGGCAAGUUCUGCAUCAUGAUGUGUUCAGGAUGUUUCACGAUGGCCGUAGUUGGACAUUACAUUCCCGGGGUUAUGAUCACCUACAUCAUAUUGCUGAGUGUGCUGCUGUGGCCGCUGGUGGUUUACCAUGAGCUGAUCCAGAAAAUGUACACCAGACUGGAGCCCAUACUGAUGAAACUCGACUACAGCAUGAAAGGAGACACACAACGCCGCAAAUACGACAAGAGAAAGAUGAAGAAGGAGCAGGAAGAUGGUGAUGAACCAAGGGCAGAGACGGAGAGUGAGAGCGAGGAGGAGUUGUCCUGCUUCGCCCCUACUGUGGAUGUGAAGACCACAGCUCUGGCGAUGGCUAUUACUGACUCUGAGCUGUCCGAUGAGGAGGCGUCUAUACUGGAGAGUGGAGGAUUCUCUGUGUCCAGAGCCACUACACCACAGCUCACAGACCUCUCUGAAGCAGAUCUUGACCAACAAAGUGUGCACAGUGAACCAGAAGAGGCCUUCACUAGAGACCUAGCAGAGUUUCCAUCAGUAGAUGAACUUCCCUCCAUUGAACCGGGCCUGUUUCACUUCCCGCUGGGUGUUCUUGGGUCUGAUCCAACAGGAGCAUCCGGCUCUGAGGAGGAAGCUCUAUCCCCUGCUAGCCUCCUUAUUCAACACUUAGCAUCUCCGCUACACUUCGUCAACACGCACUUCAAUGGACACGGACAAGCGGGGGUGGUGGCACACCAAAGCAUUGUGGGUGCUCCGAGAGAGAGCGUUUCGAGACCUGCUCGCUCCCUGGAAGCCCUCAGCGAGGAAAUCGUAAGCACGGCUAUAUCUACAGUAGUACAAAACACUCUUUCUGCCCUCCUUCGGUCGACGGAAGCAAGCGAAGGUUCAUCGAUGGCUUCGUUUCUUCCGUCUGAAACACCUCCGUGUCCAAUGGAAUCGCCAGUUGAGUCGCCAUCCCAAGAAAACGAGGAAGAGGUAAGCACCGAGGAGCAACCGGACGUUACGCUCGUACCCCAGGAAGAAGAGGACUUUGAGCUUCUGGACCAAAGCGAACUGGAACAGAUGGAUGAGGGGGAGGGGCUUGGACAGGACGUGGGUGGAGCUCCCACAGACACGCCCCCAAGCAGUCAGCAGCAUGCAGAGCGGCAGGAUUCCUAGCUUCCCGUAUUGGAAACUGUUUCUUUUAUUUAUAGUCCCAUGUAGAUAGCAUAUACUGACACAUGAUUCGCGAAAGGGAAUGUUGCCUUUUUUCGUUGUCAUUUUUUGGGAGUGAGAUCACUGUGAUUGUUUUGGUGAAUGUUAAACGUUUCGUUAAAUCAAACCAAAAUCGCCUUCAGCCUCAAAUCAGGCCAGUCAGAUUUUAAAAGCGACCUAAAAGGUGUUUAUUUUGACGAAGAAUAUAUGAAAAGAGCCCUCUGGUUUAUCAAUCCCACACUGACGAAGGUCAUUGGGUUUAAUAGGAACAUCACGGGAACAAACCAUGUAGGCUCAGUUUUAUUUGCUUGCUAAGGCUGUUUUUUGUAUGUGGAAGGAGAGAACGAGCAGGAUAUGAUUGCAAAUUCUCAAUGAAAAGUCGGUUAUGUUAUAGAUUUUUUUUUUAUAUAAUCAUAGCUGAACUAAUAUAUUCUAUAAUAUAUACAUAUGAAGUGGAUGGUCUUAUUUAUUCAAAUUGGUUAGAGUGAAGAGUAGUUUGCUAUUAAAUAGUUUUCAAAUAAAUAAUAAAGUUGCAAGGCUUAAA